CAACAAUUGUUAUUUUUUUAUUGAUUCAUAUGGCAGGGAAGUCGUCGGCGGCACCAUCACAGCCCGCGGUCUCGUCCCUGAAUGAUGUUUGGUUAGCUGUUACGGAUCUCGCCCUUGAGAUUCACACACUCCGCCAGGAACAAAUUGCUCUCUCGAGAGGGGUUGAUGAUGCAUUCUCUAUUUUGGAAACUCGGGCGACCGUGAGUGACUCCAAAAGUGGGUUGUUUUGUACUAACGUUUUUACAUCACGACAACCUGAUCCAGAUUUUCCAACGUGGUUUUAUAGUGUUACAGGCAUUCGUCAUAAUGCUUGGAUGUCGAACAUUGAGCAACCAAAAGAAGAGCAAUUGCAUGAACCCGUUAAGGAAAUCAUAUCAGUUGUGACAGUUGAGAAAGAUAUUAUUGAUCCUACAAGUAUUUCCGAUGAAGUUCCUGUUAUCGUUUUUGAUGAUUGUGCUACGAAUUUCACGGGAAACAUAAGCUUGGAAAACCCGUUUGUGUUGCCUAAUGAUGUUUCUCUACCAAAGGCUUUUCCCUUGACUAGCAUGUUUGAAGGAGUUAGGGAUCAUGUUUUACUUGAGGGUGGUAGGGGGCUGCAUUUUGUUUCUUUCGAGGCACCUUCCCUCAUCACAUUGCUUGGAGUUCUUUGUUUGCCUGGUCAGAAUUCGGAGGUUUGGUCCGAAGGUGGCCAAUUUAUUUUGUUCGCCGUUGCAUCAACUGUUUUGAAGCUUGAAUGGGAUCCUCCACCAAACAUGGCAUGCAUAGGGUCAUUGCACACCGUUUGUUUUCCUACUUACACCUUGAGGACAAGGUGUGUUUCUAUCGGGGUGGCAGUGAUACAGAAGGAUUAAUUAAGAAUUUAUACAGAAACCUUAGGCACAUGAUUGAGAUUCUACUGUAUAAAGCUAUUAAUAUAGGUUAAUUGAGGCCUUUGCACUCAGACUUUUCAAAAACUCAUUUCAUAAUACUUUCUUAGAUUGGAUUUUGUUCCUAUAGGAAUAUUUUUGUUCAAGACAUCAUGUUUUACACCAUAACAGUUAUUAAACUUCCCUCAUUAGCUGAAUAUUUUAUUACUGUUAUGAGUCACUGGGUAUUUUUUAUUUUCUUAUAAUGUUAAAUAUCUAGGUAGAACUAUGAGAGAAAUAAUACCCUAUAUAGGUAGAGGAUCUGCAAUCAAAUACAAAAGCUCCUCUAUAAAAUGAAAGUCUCAAUGGAGCAAGUUUUUAUCUACAAUAUCAUUCAAUGUGUUUAUUUUUUAGAAUAUGACCAUGUGUUCUUUUAUGCUUUUUGAGCAUAAUAUGCUAACAAUGGCCCAUGUUUAGCAUUGUGAUCAUGAAGUGCUUAACAACAAUUUGACCAUCACUGGUUUCAUGCUUAUUGGUUCUUGCUGUCACUUUGUUAACAAGGAGAGUGGGAAAAAACAAGGCAUUACUAUUACAUGUUAUAGCACAUUGCCGACUAAUGAGGAAGAGAGACUAUCUUGAAUGACUUUCUUUCUUACGUUAUAUUAGUUUUUUAAUUUAUAUUUUGUGUGAGUUGUUCUUGUGUUAGAUCGUUGUAACAAGGUUUCAAGAAGUUCGUGGGAGACAAGAAGCAGCAUAAGCUUCUUUGAUAUGUAAGAAUCUCUAAAAAAAUANCAACUAAUGA